UCCUGCUGCUCCGUCAUUCAGGAAGUCCAGACCAACUGACAGCACUUCGCAAAGUCACACCGACAUCUUCAGAGUCGGACUAAAUGCUCUUGAAGUGCGUACGCGUUUCAACAACGACGACUUUUACAAAAGGUUGCACCUGGAAGUUGGAAAUGACCACCGUCGUCUGGUUUCGACGUUGUUCGGCUUGUUGUUUGAACGCCACUCCACUCAGAGGUGGUACAGUCUUAAUCCAGUCAUGAGGAAAGUCGCCAAGAAGUCAACUCUGGACUUGAUCUGAGGAGAGAGAAAAGGAGAAAGAGGGAGACAGAGGCUAGUUGGACACCCUCUUUACACAUUUCCUACUGGUCUAGCUGGCCAAUGCCGGGUCCAUCCUUGACAUCUGGUGGCGGUAGCAGCAGCAGCAGUGUGUAUGUGAGCGUGGUCCCUGGCGCCUAGCCCAUGUCCAGCCCAUAAUGCCGUCAUCCACACGGAAAGGAGUGCCGAAGGACCCUGAGCUGGCCGACCUCUUCUUCAAAGAUGACCCCGAGGACGUCUUCUGUGACCUGCACGAGAUCGGACAUGGCAGCUUUGGUGCUGUCUACUUUGCACGUAACUCUUACUCCAACGAGGUGGUGGCCAUCAAAAAGAUGUCAUAUAAUGGCAAGCAGACUACCGAAAAGUGGCAGGACAUCAUUAAGGAGGUCAAGUUUUUGGGACAGCUGCGACACCCAAACACGAUUGAGUACAAAGGCUGCUACUUGAAAGACAACACUGCCUGGCUGGUGAUGGAGUACUGCCUGGGCUCCGCAUCAGAUUUACUAGAGGUUCAUAAGAAACCACUCCAAGAGAUGGAAAUUGCUGCCAUUACCCACGGUGCCUUGCUAGGACUGGCUUACCUACAUUCCCAUAAUAUGAUUCACAGAGAUGUGAAAGCUGGUAACAUCCUGCUGACUGAGCUCGGUCAGGUCAAACUGGCCGACUUUGGCUCCGCCUCCAUUGCCUCACCUGCCAACUCCUUUGUGGGAACACCUUACUGGAUGGCCCCAGAAGUGAUCCUAGCCAUGGAUGAGGGUCAAUACGAGGGGAAAGUGGACAUCUGGUCCCUGGGUAUCACUUGUAUUGAACUGGCGGAGCGUAAACCGCCCUUGUUCAACAUGAAUGCCAUGAGUGCCUUAUAUCACAUCGCCCAGAACGACUCUCCCACGCUGCAGUCCAAUGAGUGGUCUGACCCCUUCCGGAGCUUCGUCGACUACUGCCUACUGAAAAUUCCUCAGGACAGACCCUCGUCAGGGGAGCUGCUAAGACAUGAUUUUGUGCGUCGGGAACGAUCGCCGCGCAUUCUCAUUGACCUCAUCCAGAGGACCAAGGAUGCGGUGCGUGAGCUGGACAAUCUGCAGUACCGCAAGAUGAAGAAGAUCCUCUACCAGGAGAAACACAACGGGCCCAUGGGGGAGAGCCAGGAGGAGGAAGAGGACAGCGAGGCAGCCAGCUGCAAGAUGAACAGCCUGGGCAGCAACCACUCCAUCCCCAGCACCUCGGUCAGCACGGGCAGCCAGAGCAGCAGCGUGAACAGCAUGCAAGAGGUGCUGGACGACAGCUGCUCAGACAUGACCAUGAUGCACCCCCAGGACUACAGCAGCACCCUGGACUCCUCCCCGCACACCAAGAAGGACCAUCAGUACAACUGGGACGAUGGGAUCCACAGGGACCACCGGCCAGAGCUGAGGCCGGCCUCCUCUGACAAGAGCAGUCAGGCCCAAAAUUACAAGAACCAGGGCCGCUUUGCCACCAUAAAGUCAGCCUCUCUGGUGACCAAGCAGAUCCAUGAGCAUGAGCAGGAGAGCGAGCUGCGGGAGCAGAUGUCGGGCUACAAGCGCAUGCGGCGGCAGCAUCAGAAGCAGCUGAUUGCCCUGGAGAACAAGCUGAAGGCCGAGAUGGACGAGCACCGGCUCAAGCUUCAGAAGGAGGUGGAGACGCAGGCCAACAACGCCUACAUCGAGCUGGAGAAGCUGGCAAAACGCCAUGCCGUGCAAACCGAGAAGGAGAUGAAGACAGCGUUGGCGGAUGAGAAGAAGUUCCAGCAGCAGAUCGUGGCCCAGCAGAAGAAGGAACUGACCACCUUUCUGGAUAAUCAAAAGAAGCAGUACAAACUCUGCAAGGAGAAGAUAAAGGAGGAGAUGAACGAGGACCACAGCACACCCAAGAAGGAGAAGCAGGAGCGCCUGUCCAAGCACAAGGAGAACAUGCAGCAUUCCCAGGCCGAGGAGGAGGCCCAUCUCCUGGCCCAGCAGAGGGUUUUCUAUGACAGGAACUGCCGCGCCUUCAAGCGCAAAGUGAUGAGUAAGAGGCACGACUUGGAGCAGGAACAGAUCCGAGAGGAGCUCAACAAGAAGAAAACCCAGAAAGAGAUGGAGCACGCCAUGCUGAUCCGCCACGACGAGUCCACGCAGGAGCUGGAGCAGAGGCAGCUGAAGACGCUGCAGAAGCUGCGGAUGGACCUGAUCCGCCUGCAGCACCAGACGGAGCUGGAGAACCAGAUCGAGUACAACAACCGACGUGAGCGCGAACUCCACCGCAAGCACGUGCUGGAGCUCCGGCAGCAGCCCAAGAACCUCAAGGCUUUGGAACUGCAGAUCAAGAAGCAGUUCCAGGACACAUGUAAGGUGCAGACCAAGCAGUACAAGGCCCUGCGCCACCACCAGAUGGAAGUUACGCCCAAGGCCGAGCACAAGACGGUGCUCAAGGCCCUGAAGGAUGAGCAGACACGCAAGCUGGCCAUCCUGGCUGAGCAAUAUGAGCAGAGCAUCAACGAGAUGAUGGCCUCGCAGGCGCUGCGUCUGGAUGAGGCCCAGGAAGCCGAGUGCCAGGCCCUGAGGCAGCAGCUGCAGCAGGAGAUGGAGCUGCUCAAUGCCUACCAAAGCAAGAUCAAGAUGCAGACCGAGGCGCAGCACGAGCGUGAGCAGCAGAAGCUGGAGCAGAAGGUGUCGCUGCGCCGGGCUCACCUGGAACAAAAGAUUGAAGAGGAGCUGGUUUCCCUUCAGAAGGAGCGGACCGACCGGAUCAAACACCUGCUGGAUCGCCAGGAGCGGGAGAUCGACAGCUUCGACAUUGAGAGCAUCCGGCUGGGCUUCGGCAACCUGGGCACCCUGGACUUUCCCAAGGAUGACUACAGAUGAGGGGGCUGCUGCUGCUGCCGUCUCUCAUAGUCCCCGGGCGUCCGUCUGCCUCAGAACACCCUCUCCUCUCCUUCUACCUGACCUGACAGUGCAGGUGUUCGCUGCUGUUGACGCCCUCACUCAAACACACAACCACAUAAAAAAAAUUUAAAAAAAACGGCUCAGAUCCAGUGUGUUUUCUGGGCCGGUCAGACAGAGUCACUGGGCG